CUUCCCACAAAUCUAAAACGCAUCACCUCUCUCUUUCUCUCUCAAAACAUUACUAAUGGGACAGUCAAACCAUUCAUACCCUAAAGCUUGUGCAGUUGCUCUAACAAUUUCAUAUCUGAUAGUAGCAGCUUCCGCAGGAAGUUUUUACGACGACAUUGACAUUACUUUUGGAGGUGAACGUGCUAAAAUACUCAAUGGUGGUCAGGAUCUCACACUUUCGCUCGAUCAAUACUCUGGCUCUGGUUUCCAGUCCAAGCAUGAGUACCUCUUYGGUAGAUUCGACAUGCAACUGAAACUAGUACCUGGCAACUCUGCUGGCACAGUCACCACAUUCUAUUUGUCAUCACAAGGUGCGGGACAUGAUGAAAUAGACUUUGAGUUCUUGGGCAACUCAACAGGAAACCCUUAYACAAUCCACACCAAUGUGUAUUCACAAGGGAAAGGAAAUAAAGAGCAACAGUUCCACCUGUGGUUUGAUCCCACUGCAGCCUUCCACACCUACACCAUCGUAUGGAACACUCAAAGAAUCAUCUUCUUGAUAGAUAACAUACCAGUGAGGGUGUUCAAUAACCAUGAGGCUUCUGGAGUCCCAUUUCCCAAGAGCCAACCCAUGAGGAUGUAUGCCAGCCUGUGGAACGCAGAUGACUGGGCAACCCAAGGUGGGCGUGUGAAGGCAGACUGGACUAAAGCACCCUUUACUGCUUCCUACAGGAAAUUCAAUGCCAGUGCCAAAAGAGUUGGUCCUAAUUCAAAGUCAACAAGCUCCCAAUCUGACAACCAGGCAUGGAGUACCCAAGGACUUGAUGCAGCUGGCAGGAACAGGAUUAGAUGGGUGCAGAACAAGCACAUGAUCUACAACUACUGCAACGACGGCAAACGGUUUCCCAAUGGUCUACCUGCUGAAUGCAAGAACUCAAGAUUCCUUUAACCCUACGCUGGAUCUUGGUUUGCAUAUUUCAUUUUCAUCUUUUGAUUGAUUUCUGAUCAUAAAUAUUCUUUAUUCGUUGUCCUCGAUUCAAAUUAUGAUUAUAAAUAAAUACCAAAGUGCAUACAUGUUUUAGUUGCUA